AUGGCCACACCCAAUUGCAGUUGUACACUCGAUUGCCUCCUGCUAUCUAUAAUGGGACUAUCGCCAUGGAUGCAACAGCUCAUACUUUUAUGCACUCUCAUUCUUAUGGAUGUUCCCCUUCCCUUGAUCAUAUUUGCGCUGACUCUCCUGCUCUACUGCCGAUGGAAGAUGAUGGAGGAUGAGGUGGCGCUCCCAAAUGCAGCCAAUGAGGCGGCGGCAUCUGCUGAGACGACGGUGGUGGCAGCUGAGGUGGUGGCGGCUGAGACGACGGCGGCUGAGUCGACGGUAGCAGCACCUUCCACGUCAGCUUCAAAGCAGACGUGGAUGCGGAGCGUUGACGUGGAGAUGGCGAUAUUCUAUUACAGUGUCUCAAAACAUGAGGUGGAAGAUGACUGCAUUAUUUGUCUGUCUAAUUAUGAAGAAGACGAGCAGCUAGCGUUGUUAUUGCCAGUGUGUCAUCAUAAGUUCCACGUGGCGUGCAUUCAAAGGUGGCUAGAGUGCCAUGGCAAAUGCCCUAUCUGCGGCACGACUUCGAUUCCCCCACAAUCUAUUUCGCAAAUGGGUGUACAGAUGUAG